GCUAGAGGGCAGCAGAGAGAAUAUGUUGAAUGCGCUCUGCUAAAAGUACCCGAAGAAGAAAAGCAGACGAAGAAGCGCGACAAGCGGAAAUAUCAGGCGUCCUUGUGCGAGAAAGAAGAGCACUCAAGAUGAACCGAAGCAUUUUUGCACUGCAGCAGGUGGCGCGGCGGAACUUUUGCGGCUCCGCUCGGAGGUCGGUGGAGAACAAGGUCCCCAAGAACCAGAAGCUCUUCCAGGAGGACAACGGCGUCCCGAUCCAUCUGAAAGGCGGCGUGGCCGACGCGGUGCUCUACCGAGCCACGAUGACGCUCACCGUGUUGGGUGUGGGUUACGUGAUGUACGAGCUCCUGAAAGCUGCCAAAGCCUGGAAGUAGGCUGGACUCCACCUUCACGUCCUGUUGAUAGUCAUGUUGUUCCUGUCAUGUUCAUGGGAUCAAUAUUUAUUUCUGUGCGAGAUCAAUUAAACGUCUCAUGAGCCAA